CUGGAGCAGCUGGACACAGAGAUAAUGAACGCCCAUGAAGAAAUCCUCCAGAGGCUUUUGGAGGAGACCACGAGGCUGGGCACGCUGAUUGGGGAGAUGGAGAGGACGUACCAGCAGCCAAACUGGCAGCUCCUGAAGAGUGGGACCCCGGUACUCCAAGGGGAGGUGUUCAUUCCACAGGGGACUUCUUUCUUUCCUUCCUAUCAGAAACAACUUCAGACCCAGCUGGACAUUCUGAAAUCAGAGCAAGAGGCGCUUCAAUCUUCUGGGAAGGACACACAAGACAGAGUCAAGGACCACACUGAGAGGACAGAAGCUGCAAAGCAGGAGAUUGUGAGGACAUAUAGGAAGAUGCACGAGUUCCUGGAGAAGCAGGAGUCCUCUCUUCUGGCCCAGCUGGAGCAGCUGGACACCGAGAUAAGGAACGCCCAUGAAGAAAUCCUCCAGAGGCUUUUGGAGGAGACGACGAGGCUGGGCACGCUGAUUGGGGAGAUGGAGAGGACGUACCAGCAGCCAGACUGGCAGCUCCUGAAGGACAUUGGAACCACCUGGAGCAGGGGCCAGAGGGAAACGCUCUCCCACUCACUCCAGAUUUCCCCGCAGCUGGAAAAGAAAUUCUCUGAUUUCACUGAGAAUUCGGCAAACAUCGAGGAACGUGUGGAGGAAUUCCGAGAUUUCCUGGAGUUCGAGGUUCCUUUGACAACACAGAUGACGCUGGACCCAGAGACGGCCCACGCCAGGCUUUAUCUCUCGGAAGACUGCAAGCUCGUGUUCCAGGAAAUUUUUGACCAGGACGUACCCUACAACCUGGGGAGGUUCAAAUUUGAACCCUGCGUGCUGGGCUCAAGGGGCUUCACAUCGGGGUGGCACCGCUGGGAAGUGGAGGUCCACAGAGAAGGUGCAUCGGCCAUUGGGGUGGCCAAGGAUUCAGUUCCAAGGGACUGUUGGUUUUCACUGAAUCCCGAUGAGGGGAUAUGGGCUGUGUGUCGUAACCAAAAUAGGUACAAGGCUCUGACCUCUCCGGCUCACACCCCCUUGACUCUACGCCGUGUCCCCAAGCGGAUACGAAUCUGCUUGGACUAUGAGGAAGGGAGGGUGGUGUUUUUUGAUGCCGAGAGCAAAGAACGGAUCUUUGCUUUUCCACCAGUGUCUUUCCAAGGGGAGAGAGUCUUCCCGUGGUUCAUGGUGAUGGGGGAUGCUCAACUCAAACUUCUCUCCUAAGGCACAGGAUUAAAAAAAAACCAAAGCCAUCAACUUACAUUUGGGAAAGAAACCAGGGGCUGGGUUUUGUCCCAGUCCCACUAAAGGGACAGGAAACGGUAGUGUUGUUCAGGUUCCUUUCCUUCUGUGCAAAAUGGGAGCAUUUCUGUGCCUUCAACUCUAUUUUGAUCUUUCAAUCGCUGUUUAAUCACUAAAUGGCUGUUACAGUGUGGCUGCAAACUUGCCCGGAUGAGAAGUUAAAAUUAAAAGUACAAUUCUAAGUUUUUUCCA